AUGGAUAGCAGUCACUGCGGACGAGGUGAAGAACGUGGAUUUCUCUGGACCGCCUCCUCUGUGUGCUGGGGGAAUGUGGACGGAGUUAGCUCGGACCGGCCGACUAGCUGGCGGCUGCCGCGGUGGGCCCGGCGCCGGGAUUCACACUCCAAACCGAGACCAGGCCGACGGGGCGCCCUCGAAACCCAAACGGUCAGCGCGCGAGGGCCCGGCUUCGACACCGUGCAUCAGGCUGACUGGGCCGGGCAGCAGGAGUCUGUCCGUCGCACUCGGGGCCGUAGGCCCACUGGGGGCGCGCCGGCGGUGGGCGACAAGGAACCCACGCAGGGCGAGCGUGGGGCAUACACGUCGAACACGCCCGGCACGAGCGCCGUGGUCGAGGCGUCAGCGUUGGGCCUGCCCUACGCAGUGUUCAGCUGCAUGGCGCCCAGCGGAACAUGGACCCACUACUCGCUGUGUGAGCACAACGGGACUGUGAGUGUCGGGACGCCGGGCGGGACAGUGACGUCUGGUCGCGGCUUUGGGUAUGGGUGUGCGUUGACCAACGUCGUAUCACCGGGCCGCGGUUAUACGAGCGGGAAGGUCGGGUCGCCACAAGCUGGCCCAGCCGUUGGUUGGAAAUACGCCCCCGAGACCCGGGCCAGCGUGUACGGGUUCCCGGCGCCGGAACCGGAAAUGAAGGGAGUCAAGGCCCCGAACCCGAGCCCCGAGCGUCGAUCCCUCGUUAUCCCGAAGCCAUGGGGGACGGGGCCCGGAAGCGGUGCAGUAAGCCCGGGAACACGUUCCUACUGUGAUGUGCGGGGUUUGCCGUCGAUGGUGUACUUAUGCAACACGGACGGGGCACUAGAGGUGAUCCAUUUCUGCAGAGACGCCGUACGGGGGUGGUGGUAUGAUCUGUUCGGGAACCAGAUGGGCGACUUCGGGAUGGCGGGGUACUGCCACAUGGUCGGUGUGCGGGUGCCCGACGGCCGGUACCGCUUCAACGGGGGUAACGGGAGGAACCUGCCCAUACGUGGUUCAAGCGUUGGUAUAGAUUACUCCCAUAAACAUGAGGAGCCGCUGGACCUCAUCUUCACCACCGGGAGCAAGAAUGCAUGGGCCCCCUUCCCCCGUGUGGCCGUCGAAACGUUAAUUUGCUUUGAAGGGAAGGUGGUCCUGGACAGCAGGAGCCCACCGAGGUAUGAGGCGCUACCGAUGCGGGGCCUAGACUCAUGUCGAGGGUUGUCAUCCCUUGGGACCGAGCGGAUACCGGACGUCGACAUCUCCAACUGGGAGACCACCUGUAUGCCAGCUGGCCACCCGUACGUGGUCCUAGCGUGCUGGGUGGGAGACCACGUCAAAUACGCCUCAUUCUGUGAUGGCACCUCCGGGGAGCGCGGCGUCGCCUGGCGGGAAGGUCUCGGACUGUUCCACGAGUGUCGACCGACCAAUGUGCGGGCACCAGGUCGUAAUUGGGGUCAGUGGCCACGGGGACCGGCAACUCAUGGUUGGGGGUGGUUCAGCUACACCGGAUCGCGUGAACAGGUAUUGGGGCGUCCGGAAACUGACCCGGGAGCCACUGGUUUACGGGCAGGCCCUCGCGACGUCACCGCUGGCCGCAAGAAGGCGAUUCCCCCCUGGGGCGUCGGUGCCGGUGUAAGGGGGGAUGCAUGGGACGGCGGGUCAUACUGCAAUUCGUACGGGCUCCCGAGCCUCGUUUACGUAUGCCACAGUAGCGACGGGAUUGAGCUGCUACAUUUCUGUCGAGAUGCGGAGCGAGGAUGGUGGUACGAUAUGCACUACAACCAGAUGUACGACGACGGUGCCGCGAAGUUGUGCCACCCAGUAGGGAUCCGAGUGCCGCCGGCCACUUACAACCCCACACGAGGGGGACGUCGGCUGGCCGUCAGGAGAAUGGACUAUGUGGCCGAUUUGGCGCCACGACCGGCGGAGCACCGCGAACACUGGAUGGACGUAAGCGGAAGCAACCCGUGGUUGAAGGCCUCCGCCCAGGCAAGGACGUUUACCUGCAAGGGCGGAGUCGUCGUCGACACGACAACGGGUGGAGAACCGAAACGGGCGACUGGGAUAGUGAGCCAGGAGCCGGGCACCGAUCGCGAGCCAACGACUAGUUGGGCCGACGAUCGCGCGGUUUGUCAAGUAGGGCAGGUUAGGAUGUGGGGCAGCAGCCUGCGGGUCAUCCACUAG